AUGGAAACUGUGAAGGAAGCACUCGCAAUUCCGCGUCUGACGUUGCUGGCUUCUGCAGACUCCCUGGUUCAGACAGGACGAACUUACCUAGCAGAUCUCGUGAAAAACUAUACAAGCAAGUACGAGUACUCGGUCCAGUUCGUCGAGAGAAAUCCUGCUGACGAUUUAUUCUUAUUUCGAGUAACUUUCAGCAGUCCGACGCCCGAGAAGCCUGUUCCGGAAGCAGAGGCGCAUGUGCACUUUCAACUAAAAGGAUGGUUCCUCAAGAAUUUGCGCACGAGUCAACUGACGGGGAGAGACCUCCAAGACGUGGAAGCUGCCGUCGGAAAAUCCCCUCUCAUUGCAGAAAAGCCAGACAAAGAACCACCCAUCGUGUUCUGGUUCGAAAGCCAAAACUUGAAACACACUCCUGAACGCACUCUCGCCCCAGGGAAAUUCCAAAGAUGGAUCGACCGGAUUGUGCAAGACAAACUCCGGCUCCGAAGACAAAAUACAAUGAGAACAGCCUUCGAGAUCAGCCGCAUGAACGUUGAUGGCGCGCCGAUUGCGCAGCUGCUUCACGAGCAGAAGAUAGCCUGCAUUCUGGAUGAGAAGUCGGCGGAAUACGAAGCGCAGUCGAACGCUAGGCGGGAAGCUCUGACGGCUGCCGCAACGGAAGCCGCGCGACAGAAAGAACGCGAAGCUAGACAGAGUGGCAGAGGCAUUUUAACGCCGCGCAUGCUCUUCGAGGUUCCCCAGGAAGAUCUCCCCCUAGAGCAAGUCUUGGAAAAGGUAUUCCACGCUGCAGACGAAGACAAAGAAGGAAAACUGUCUCACAAAGAAGUGGCAGAUCUGCUGCUGGCGUCUCCCCUAGGAUUGCAACGCUGGGAUUUGCUUCUUCUUCUCGCCGCAGCAGCUCACGAAGAUCGACAGGGAUACAUUCGCUACCAAGACUUUGUUCAGCAAGCCCCAGGAGUUAUCCGCACACUUCGCGAAAGGCGGAAGGUCUCUGCAAGCACAAAUCAGUGCCAUGUGACUGACGAAGCCGUCCAGCUUUGCUACAGAGAUGAGUUGGAGGACUCAUGGAGAAUCAUGCGCGAUAUCUUUGAGGCAGCAGAUCCUUCGGCUGCCACCACCGGCAAACUCCCGCGCGGAUUGCUUCUUGACUGCUUGCGAAGUCGACCUGAGAGAUUUUCCUCGAUGGAAGUCACGCUGUUGAUGCAGCUGGCACCUACGGGAGACAAUGGCUGCGUUGCGUUUCACUCCUUUCCUUCCAUGCUGAGGAUUCUGAGACGCGAGAGCAUUAACAACGCUGUUCUGGAAACUGACAAAAACGCCCUGAGAGAAGAAAUCCUUCUUGCACUCCACAAGAUGGGAUGCAGCGAAGAGUCCUGUUUGCCGCUCUGGCUAUUUCGCGAGAUCCUUGGGAGCACUCAGCUCUGUCUCUCGAGAAUGCAAAUGCAUGCACUGUUGUGCAUGCUGGUGUUCGAUCGGUUUGGACUUGUUCACUGCGCCCAGUUCGUCGAGGUCGUCUGCGCUGUGGUGCCGCAGCUGUUCGACUGCAGCGCGUUCAUGGCACGAGCUGAGAACAUAGCCAAAGAGGCAGCAGACGCGGCUGCUCGCGCUGAGAUCGAAGAACUGCAGGGCCUCACAGGGGGCAAGAGUAGAAGGAAACAAAGCACGAAGGAAAACGAGACCUACAAAGUCGACGGUCUGGACGACAGUGAACAAGUGAGAAAAAUGGAGAUGCCUAAACGGCAAAAACACUCCACAGAAAAGGGGAAGAAAGCGUUCAGGCGGCAGGACGCGCGAGCGAGUCGUAUCUAA